AUGGCCGAAGCAUUUGUCAAGACCACCGUCGAGAGCCACACCGUUGUGGUGUUUGGCAAGAGCCACUGCCCAUACACCCAGAAAGCCAAGAAGCUGCUCGCCGACGCCGGGAUCAAGUUCCACCAGGUCGAUCUCGACACCAUGGAUACCGGUGCUGCCAUCCAGACCUUCCUCGAGACCAGCACCAAUUUGAAGGGCGUGCCCAACGUCUGGGUCAAGGACAAGCACUUUGGCGACGACGGCGAUGUCGAGGAGCAGGUCCAGAAGGACAAGUCGUUCUUUGUGUGA